AUGGCAACUCUUCAGCCGACUAUAACUUUGCUCCCAUCUUCUCCUCUUAAUCAGAAGAAGGUACUGCUGCUCUCUCGUCAGGAUGGCAACAAGCUCAUUCGAAUCAUCAACACCAUUCGCCAAGCCGGCUGUGAAGUAGUGCUUGUAGCUACUGCUCUUGGUUACAAUUAUUCGUUGAACGAAAAAAAUUACGAUGAUCUUGCUGCUCGAAUACGAGCAGUAUACACAAGUGUCAUUGAUCCUCCACCUGUCGUGACAGUUACUGGUAUCUCCCAACUAGUUCCAUUUCUCGAAGCUCUCGAUCCUGAUCUUGUCAUUUCCUGGCACUUUCCCUAUAAACUUACCGAAUGCUUCCUUGCUCAUCGCUCGAUCAAGAUCAACGGACAUCCAAGCCCAUUACCACUUUACAGAGGAAGCACUAUUUUCCCCCGAGCAAUACUACAGCAACUGCCUCGUUGGGGUAUUGCAUGGCAUUACACAACGAAGAAUUAUGAAACGGGUAAUAUUCUUGUUCAAGAGUUUUUUGAACUCCAAUCACCAUAUGGAAUUCAGGAUAUCAUCAACCGAUCGCACAAUUCAAUGUUCGAGACACUUGGCAAGGCCAUACAAAUGAGUCUGUCUGGUCAUCUAGGUGAGGCACAACGACAGCCAACAGCUGAUGAAGAACAGUAUGUCUAUCCCAAACCACUUACCAUUGCUGAACGAACAAUAACAAGUGGAUUAAGUUGUCAUGAGGUGUGGAUUCUGGCAGAAGCCUGCAAGAAUUUUCUUCCUGCUCUUUUAAACAUUGAUGAGCGACUCUAUCAGGUGAUUGAAACACGUCGCCUCGAGAUACCUCUACCGUUUACACUUGCCGUAGGAGAAGUCAGACGAAUGUUGCAUCGCUAUGUUCAACAGUGUACAGACGGCCAAAUGGAAUAUGUUGUGCGAAUCGUCUAA